AUGGCCACCAUCCUGGAGAACAUCCAGAAGGCGAGGUUCCUGCCAACCAGGCCGCUCAAGGACGAGCUGCCCACCUUCCAGGGCGGCUUUGGCGGCGGUGGCAAGGAGGAGAGCCACCUCAUGGGCCUGAGGAAGCGGCUGUCCUCCUUCUCGGGCAAGAUCCAGCCCAUCUCCUCCGCGUCGGCCGAGUGGGCGUUCCGGCGCUCCAAGUCGGCGCCCUCGCUCGGCGCCGCGUUCGCCGCGGGGGGCGGCUCCCUGAGGCAGUGGUGGCAGCGGGGCGUCGGCUGGCUCCUGUCCAAGAAGCCCGGGUUCGCGGGCGACCUCGAGAUGAACGAGGAGGAGGUCGCCGCGAUGGGCCGCCAGAGCAGGGGCAGCUGGGGCCACAUCCUCUACAAGAUGCGCUCCGGCGUCCGGCGGCUCGUCAUGUCCACGCACUCGCUCCCCACCACGCACAAGCAGUCGUCCCUGCCGUCGUCGUCGGCGGCGGUGCACAACAACGUCCAGUGCAAGCCGGCGGCGGCGUUCGCCUACGCGCAGCGGCAGAGCUUCCACCACACCGGCCACGCCAUGGCGCACUAA